UAAACCACCCUGAUGGCACGACGGGGUCUGAAAAGGCCCCAGCUUUCUCACUCCCGUGAAAGCUCGCUCUCUCCCUCCCUCUCCAUCCAUGACCUCGCCGGAACGACCAUGGAAUUCGAUCAGUCCUCUGUCUCCGUCCGCCUUCAUGAUCUUCGCAGCUGCUCGGAUCGGUUGAAUGGAUGCUGGAUCUCCAUUGGCGCUCUCAGUCAUAGCAUGGAGAGCAAAGAAGUAGAGUCUCUUUUCCAUGUUAAUACUUCCCUCUGCUUUUGAAAGCAAAGAUUAUCAUCAUUGGCCACUCCUUUUGAAAGAUCUUCUUUGAAGACAUGCCUUCUUUGCAGUUAUUACCAUUGACUGAGCAUGGACGCAGCUUUUUCUCCUCUAGGAGGAGAACACUGGUUGCAGUAGCAGGUGUUCUUGUAGCUGGUGGAACUGCUGCAUACAUGCAAUCACGGUUCCAGAACUGGUCAACUAGGCUGAAUUCUUCAAUCCAAAAUCUGCCUGGAAAUGUUGAAGAAACAUUGACUCGGAAAGGAACAAAUGAUAAUUCAAAUGAUAAUCCAAGAAAAAGAAGUCUAAAAAAAAGGGGAUUAAAAUCUAUACGUGUUCUACUUGCCAUCUUAAUCUCAAAACUGGGUCCAAUGGGAACGCAUAAUCUUCUGGCUCUGGUGGUCACGGCGGUUCUGCGAACUGCUCUGAGCAAUAGAUUGGCAAAAGUACAAGGAUUCUUAUUUCGAGCUGCUUUUCUCGGCCGACUUCCAGUCUUUGUGCGUCUAAUUGUUGAAAAUCUUACAUUAUGUUUUCUUCAGUCAACAUUAUUUUCCACUGCUAAGUACUUAACUGGAUCUUUGGGUUUGCGGUUCAGAAAAAUAUUGACAGACCUCAUACAUGUCGAGUAUUUCAAGGAUAUGGUAUACUAUAAGAUAUCACAUGUUGAUGAUAGGAUAAGCAAUCCAGAGCAAAGAAUUACCAGUGAUGUACCUAGAUUUUGUUCAGAAUUGAGUGAGAUUGUGCAGGAGGAUUUAAUUGCUGUUACUGAUGGACUGUUAUACACCUGGCGCCUUUGUUCAUAUGCAAGUCCAAAAUAUGUGCUUUGGAUUCUGGCAUAUGUAAUAGGAGCUGGUGCAGCAAUUAGAAAUUUUUCUCCUGCAUUUGGAAGAUUGAUGUCUAAGGAGCAACAGUUGGAAGGGGAUUAUCGCCAGCUUCAUUCACGAUUAAGAAACCAUGCUGAAAGUGUUGCCUUUUAUGGAGGAGAAAAUAGGGAAGCAUUUCACAUUUGGCAACAGUUCAAAGCUCUUGUUAUGCAUAUGAAUCUGGUUCAUCAUGACCAUUGGUGGUUUGGAAUGAUACAAGACUUCCUCUUGAAAUAUCUUGGUGCUACCGUUGCUGUUGUACUAAUCAUAGAGCCUUUCUUUGCUGGCAAUCUCAGACCUGAUUCUUCAACCUUAGGAAGAGCAGAGAUGCUGAGCAAUCUCCGAUAUCACACUAGUGUAAUAAUAUCUCUGUUUCAGUCUCUUGCAACUCUUUCUGUCAAUUAUAGGCGACUAAACCGUCUCAGUGGUUAUGCGGACCGUAUUUAUGAACUAAUGCUUGUAUCUAGAGAGCUAUCUUCCCUUCAUGAAAGUUCAUCCCUGCAGAACAGUGCAAAUAAAAAGUAUAUUACUGAAGCAAGUUAUAUUGAAUUCUCUGGUGUCAAGGUAGUUACACCAACAGGGAAUGCAUUGGUGGAUAAUUUAUGCCUCAAGGUGGAGCAAGGUUCUAAUCUUUUGAUCACAGGUCCAAAUGGAAGUGGAAAAAGUUCCCUCUUUCGAGUUCUUGGUGGACUUUGGCCAUUGAAGUCAGGUCAUAUCACAAAACCGGGGAUUGGUUCCAAUCUCAAUAAGGAGAUAUUCUAUGUGCCACAACGGCCAUAUACUGCCCUUGGAACGCUUUGUGACCAAUUAAUCUAUCCUCUUACGGCUGAUCAGGAGAUUGAACCACUUUCCCACAGUGGAAUGGUUGAGCUCUUGAAAAAUGUUGACCUUGAAUAUUUGCUAGAGCGGUAUCCCUUAGAAAAAGAAAUAAACUGGGGUGAUGAGCUUUCUCUUGGUGAGCAACAAAGACUUGGUAUGGCCAGGCUUUUCUAUCACAGGCCAAAGUUUGCUAUUCUUGAUGAAUGCACAAGUGCGGUGACGACGGAUAUGGAAGAACGUUUUUGUGCUAAGGUUCGAGCUAUGGGGACAUCAUGCAUUACCAUAUCUCAUCGCCCUGCAUUAGUUGCAUUCCAUGACAUAGUUUUAUCAUUGGAUGGGGAAGGAGGCUGGACCGUGCAUGAGAAAAGGGACAAGUUGUCAGGAUCAACUGAAGCACGUCUAAAUCUUUUAAAAACAUCUGAAACUUACCGGCAGAGUGAUGCACUAGCUGUCCAAAAAGCUUUUACUUCCAGCAGAAUGAAAACUGCAUCUUUAAAAGCCAAAGACCACUUUUAUUCAACAGAGGUGGUUUCAUCUUCAGCAAUGGUGUUGGAUGACAUAGCUCCAUUGCCGGUUGUUCCACAACUACAAAAAGCUCAAAGAGCAUUGCCUUUGAGAAUAGCAACUAUGUUUAAAAUUCUGGUUCCUUCCAUCUUCGAUAAACAAGGCGCACAGUUGCUUGCUGUUGCUUUGCUGGUCGUAGCAAGGACUUGGAUCUCAGACCGAAUAGCCAAUUUGAAUGGAACCAGUGUAAAGCAUGUGUUGGCACAAGAUAAAGCUGCCUUUAUUCGGUUGACUUGUGUCAGUGUCCUUCAAAGUGCUGCAUCCUCUAUAGUGGCGCCUUCAUUAAGGUACCUAACAGCAAAGCUUUCCCUUGUAUGGCGGAUUCAUCUGACUCAGCAUCUUUUGAAAAAUUAUUUUAGAAGGAAUGCUUAUUACAAGGUAUUUCAUUUUUCGGGGGAUAAUAUUGAUGCAGAUCAGCGAAUAACAAAUGAUGUGGAGAAGUUGACUACUGAUCUCUCAGGGCUAGUUACUGGAAUGGUGAAACCUUCAGUAGACAUCCUCUGGUUCACUUGGAGAAUGAAGUCAUUAACAGGGAAAAGGGGAGUUCUGAUAUUGUAUGCUUAUAUGUUAUUGGGAUUAGGUUUUCUGAGAAGUAUAGCUCCUGAAUUUGGUGAUCUAGCAAGUAGAGAGCAACACCUUGAAGGGACAUUUAGGUAUAUGCACUCAAGACUCCGCACUCAUGCUGAAUCGGUUGCUUUCUUUGGCGGUGGUUCUCGGGAAAAAUCUAUGGUUGAUGUAAGAUUCAGGGAAUUGCUUAGUCACUCUAAAAAUCUGCUGUGGAAGAAGUUGCUUUUUGGUGUAAUGGAUGACUUCAUUACAAAGCAACUACCACAUAAUGUGACAUGGAUUCUUAGUUUGUUAUAUUCUUUGGAACAUAAAGGGGAUCGCGCUUUGACUUCAACACAAGGAGAGCUGGCACAUGCGUUACGAUUCCUAGCUUCUGUGGUGUCACAAAGCUUUCUUGCUUUUGGUGAUAUUCUUGAGUUGCAUAAGAAAUAUCUUGAACUUUCUGGUGGUAUAAAUCGGAUUUUUGAACUGGAAGAGCUUCUGGAUUCUGCCCAAAGUGAUAUCCUGCAAGUUGGGGCUUCUGCAUCAUCUAAUGUGGAUGAUUUUCCUGAGAAAGACGUCAUUUCCUUUUCAAAGGUCAGCGUUAUUUCCCCCGGACAAAAGUUGUUGGUUAAGAAAUUGACUUGUGAUGUGGUGUCAGGGAGGAGCCUACUGGUCACUGGACCAAAUGGCAGUGGUAAAAGCUCAAUCUUCAGGGUCCUACGAGGUUUAUGGCCUAAUGUGUCAGGAACAUUGAUCAAACCUUGCCAAGAUAUAAAUGAAAAGGUAGAAUCAGAAUGUGGUGUUUUCUAUGUUCCUCAACGGCCAUACACUUGUCUGGGCACCCUUAGGGAUCAAAUUAUUUACCCUCUCUCCCGUGAAGACGCAGAAAUUAAGAUGCUGUCCUUGGCCAAGAUAGGCGUCAAGUCUUCUGGUGCUAAUUUGCUUGAUGCUCACUUGAGGCAUAUUCUUGAGACUGUCCGUCUAGUGUAUCUUCUCGAGCGAGAAGAUCAAGGCUGGGAUGCUAGUCCAAACUGGGAAGACAUUCUUUCUUUAGGUGAACAACAAAGACUUGGCAUGGCCCGUUUGUUCUUUCAUCACCCUAAAUUUGGCAUCCUCGACGAGUGCACAAAUGCUACCAGCGUCGAUGUUGAAGAACACUUGUACCAGCUUGCGACGGAAAUGGGCAUAACAUUCAUUACAUCAUCCCAAAGACCGGCCCUCAUACCAUUUCACUCCAUGGAAUUGCGAUUGAUCGACGGGGAAGGAAAAUGGGAGCUAUGUACAAUCAACCAAUGAUGGCAAAAAAUUCUCACAUUCUUCACUCACUGAAAUUGAUGUUUGCAAUAAGACUUGCAUCUUAUAGAACAUACAUGCAUAGAAGGAAAGCAGAUUCAUGACAAUUAAUGAAGCUUUAUUUUGUGGUUAA